CCCCCGGCCCCCCGCCCGGGCCCGCGCACGGAGUGAGCACUGGCCCUUUAAGAGCAGCGCGCGAGGAGGAGGGCUGGGAGCGCCCAGAGCUGCGCCGAACUCGCCGGGGACGUCGGGCGCCGGCUCCCUGGCUCGCUCACUUGCUCCGACCGGCUCCCUGCGCCUCCUCCCGGGACUGCGCGGGGACCCGGGCCCGGGUGGGCGCGGGGCGAGCAGAGUCCCUGGGCGGGAGGCGCGCGCUCUGGGCAGCACCCGGCCCCGGGCAUGGACAGAGGGAGCUGGGCGCGCAGGGGGCGCCGCGGGACCGGGCGGCCGGAGCGCUGAGCCAGACAAAGGCUCAGGAGUUGCGCUAGCUUUCGGGAGCCGGGCCCGGGGCGCCGAGGCUGCGGGACCCCGCGGCUGGCGGCUCCGGCCGGCCACCUCCCCCGCGGGCCGGCCCCUCGCGCCCGGACCUGCCCUGCCGGCUUCUCCUCGGGCGUGAGAAUUUGCUGAAGGGACCUAAGCGUCUCCGGAGGGGACAGGGACCGAGAGGUCUGCCGCGCGCCCGCCGGGCGGGGAGCCAGGGAGCGUCGCAAGUUUCCGAUCCGCGUGAGGGGCCCCGGCGCCGGCCAGCGGGCGAGCCCUGCGUGCAGCGCCCCCGGCCAAGCGAGGCGCCGAGAGCAUGGGCAGCGACCGGAGCGCGCCCGGACGGCCGGGCUGGGCGGUCAGUAUCCUCGGCGGCCGGGAGGCGGCGGCGCGGCCGCGACUGCUGCCACUGCUCCUGGUGCUUCUGGGCUUCCUGGGCCGCGGCGCGGCGGCGGAGGACGCAGAAGUCAACGCGGAGAACUGGCUGAGGCUCUAUGGCUACCUGCCCCAGCCGAGCCGUCACAUGUCCACCAUGCGCUCCGCCCAGAUGCUGGCCUCCGCCCUGGCUGAGAUGCAGCGCUUCUAUGGGAUUCCCGUCACAGGCGUGCUCGACGAAGAAACCAAGGCGUGGAUGAAGAGACCCCGCUGUGGGGUGCCAGACCAGUUCGGGGUGCGCGUGAAAGCCAACCUGCGACGGCGGCGGAAGCGCUAUGCCCUCACGGGGAGGAAGUGGAACAACCACCACCUGACCUUCAGCAUCCAGAACUACACAGAGAAGCUGGGAUGGUACCACUCACUGGAGGCAGUGCGAAGGGCCUUCCGCGUGUGGGAGCAGGCCACGCCCCUGGUCUUCCAGGAGGUGCCCUACGAGGACAUCCGGCUGCGGCGGCAGAAGGAGGCUGACAUCAUGGUACUCUUUGCCUCCGGUUUCCACGGCGACAGCUCACCAUUUGACGGCACAGGGGGCUUUCUGGCCCAUGCCUAUUUCCCUGGCCCUGGUCUGGGCGGAGAUACCCAUUUCGAUGCAGAUGAGCCUUGGACCUUCUCUAGCACUGACCUGCAUGGGAACAGCCUCUUCCUGGUGGCAGUGCAUGAGCUGGGCCAUGCCCUGGGGUUGGAGCACUCUAGCAACCCCAGUGCCAUCAUGGCGCCCUUCUACCAGUGGAUGGACACCGACAGCUUCCAGUUGCCCGAGGACGACCUCCGGGGCAUCCAGCAGCUCUACGGCACCCCGGAUGGCCAGCCACAGCCCACCCGGCCUCUGCCCACUGUGACUCCCCGGCGACCAGGCCGGCCAGAUCAUCGGCCCCCCAGACCCCCCCAGCCACCACCCCCAGGUGGGAAGCCGGAGCGGCCCCCAAAGCCAGGCCCCCCAGCCCAGCCCCGAGCCACGGAACGGCCUGACCAGUAUGGCCCCAACAUCUGCGACGGGGACUUUGACACAGUAGCCAUGCUGCGUGGGGAGAUGUUCGUAUUCAAGGGCCGCUGGUUCUGGCGGGUUCGGCACAACCGUGUCUUGGACAACUAUCCCAUGCCCAUCGGGCACUUCUGGCGUGGCCUGCCCAGUGACAUCAGUGCUGCCUAUGAGCGCCAAGAUGGACGUUUUGUCUUCUUUAAAGGUGACCGCUACUGGCUCUUCCGAGAAGCAAACCUGGAGCCCGGCUACCCUCAGCCACUGACCAGCUAUGGCCUGGGCAUCCCCUAUGACCGCAUCGACACGGCCAUCUGGUGGGAACCCACAGGUCACACCUUCUUCUUCCAGGAGGACAGGUACUGGCGCUUCAAUGAGGAGACGCAGCGUGGAGACCCCGGCUACCCCAAGCCCAUCAGUGUCUGGCAAGGGAUCCCUACUUCCCCCAAAGGGGCCUUCCUGAGCAACGAUGCAGCCUACACAUACUUCUACAAGGGCACCAAGUACUGGAAGUUCGACAACGAGCGCCUGCGGAUGGAGCCAGGCUACCCCAAAUCCAUCCUGCGGGACUUCAUGGGCUGCCAAGAGCACGUGGAGCCGGGACCCCGAUGGCCCGACGUGGCUCGUCCGCCCUUCAACCCCGACGGGGGUGCAGAGCCCGGGGCGGGCGAGGAGGGCGAGGAGGAGGAGGGGGGCGAGGCCGGCGGCGCGGGGGACUUCGGGGAUGGGUCUGACGCGGAUGGGGGCAGCCGCGUGGUGGUACAGAUGGAGGAGGUCACGCGGACGGUGAACAUGGUGCUGGUGCUGGUGCCGCCCAUGCUGCUGCUGCUGUGCGUCCUGGGGCUCACGUACGCGCUGGUGCAGAUGCAGCGCAAGGGCGCGCCGCGCGUUCUCCUCUACUGCAAGCGCUCCCUGCAGGAGUGGGUCUGAGCAGCAGCGCCGCCCUCCUGCUGCGCACGGUGCUAAGGGGGCCGUGGCUGGCGGGGCCCAGGCUUCUCCUACGGCUGGGUGGGGGUGCACCAAGCCAGAACCUUCCAGGGCUCCCUCAGCCCCUGGGUGGAGGCCUCGCCAGGCCCUCCAACCUCCCUGCCAGCCCUGCCCCAGCCCUGUCCCAGCCCUACCCCGAUGUUUAUUUAUGCCCAGCUUUUGCUGGUUUUUUUGUUUUUGUUUUUGUUUUGCACACUAAUUGAGUAUUUGUUUCUACUUUGCUGACCCGGAGCAGUGGUCCCUCAGGGCAGGGGUUAGAGCUUUCUACAAAUAGUUCUGCUCUGGACAGGGAGUGAGCCGUUCUGCCCGCACCACCCCCACACCCUCCUCGGCCCCGCCCCGCCCCACCCAACAACACCUCUGCCUUGGCCACAGCCAGGGAAGCAGAGGGUCAGAAGGCCUAGCUGGAAAGUGGCUAAAAUGUUUCUGAGGCUCUUUCCCAUCCUGGGCCCUCCUCAGCCUGAGCUGGCUUUGGAGACUGGUGGGGCCUGAGUGGUCUCCACCCACCCAAAUCUCUGCCUUGGGAAGAGCUUUCCCCCAGGGGCAGCCCCCCCCACCCCCCCCACCCCCCCCACCCCCCCGGCCCAGGUGACAGAAGGGUAAGGUGGCCUACUGGCCAUGAGUCAUGUGGAGUUUUGAGUCCUUCCCUGCUCACCCCUCUCAACCCGUUACCCAGGCUUCUCAUACUUAAGAUGCCUACCCUGGCCCUACUAAGUCAAGGGGCCCACAGUCCCCAGUGCCCACACACCCCUUGAGCCUACAGAAGAGGCCCUGGACCUGCCUUACCAAGGACCAAAGGGGGUCUGCCAAGGCCCCUCCACCCAGGGACCUCCUCCCCCAGGCUGGGCUUCCAGCCCCCAGCCACUCCUAUCUGAGCUAUGACCCACCUGGGCUCCUUGGCUUCUUCCCACUCUCUCUCACCCACACCACCGUCCUCAGGGGUCUCAGAAUCCCACGAGUCUCAGGCACCAGCUGCCAGGCUCCCAGCUGUCCCAGGAAGACAGGGGGCUGAUGGGUGCCCACAGCCCACCACGCAUGCGGCGUAGGGGUUCCUCCCCUCCAGCUCCCAGUCCCCCAGAGCACUGGGAGGAGGGACACUGGUGGACAGAGGCCAGCAGCUCUUUCCCUCACACAGAGUUGUGGGAUGCGGCUGCAGAGUCUCUAAAGGCGCCCACUAUGGCCCGCAGACUCCCCUUCUCCUUGGCUCAGCCCCAAGGGCAGGGACACUUCCUCCUUCUUUUCCCUCCCAAAGUAAGCAGGAGGCAAGGCUGCUGUGGAAAUGGUACUGUACAGCCGGCUCCGUCCCCUCUGCUUCCCCUCAGCCCUGAGCAAGCAGGUCUGCCAGCCAGAUCCCUGACCCCUGAGGGAGAGGCGUCUCACGCGCUGGCCUGGAGCAUGGGUCCAGCAGCUUGCUCCCCACUCCGUCCUCAGAACUGGAGAGCCAGCCAAGGGAUGGAGGGCAGUGUCCACCCCCAUACAUUUCUUUCUGUAAAUAUUCUGCACUGAUUAAAUUGUACAGCCGGCAA